UAUAAUGUAACAAUUUAGGAGCUACAGUGUAGCCAAUAAAGUGCCCGCGACAACCGAGCGCAUCUGCUCGCCGGUGCGCCCUUCUCUCCCCCCCUCGCCCUGGAUGGGAAAAGAGACCAACGCCGACCUCGGACAUCGGAUGACAUUUGUUACGGAGGCGCAGCCGGAGGGGGACGGGACUGGAUCACAACGCAUUCGUAUGAGGCUGAUGUAUGUCCCCAGAGAGGAGACCGCAGUCCCCAGGAGCCACAUAGCACCUCUCCCACACCUCCACCGCCACCUCCUCUUCUGUUGUCCGGCAACAUGCCUUCUGAACCCAGCCUCAGCAGCAGGGAGAUGCUGACAGGACAGAGGCUCUGUCAGUCAAAGUCCCACCAGGACUCGGUCCUCGCUGCCCUGAACCAGCAGAGGAAGGACGGCCUGCUGUGUGACGUCACCCUGGUCGCCGGCGAGCAGAAGUUCCACGCCCACAAAGCCGUCCUGGCAGCGUGCAGUGAUUACUUCAGGGCUAUGUUCAGCCUGUGCAUGGUGGAGAGUGAGGCAGACGAGGUGACUCUGCAAGGGGUGACCGGCGUUGGACUGAAGCACGCUUUGGACUUCGCCUACACUGGGCAGAUCCUGUUGGAGCCAGCGGCGAUCCAGGACGUCCUGUCUGCAGGCAGCCACCUGCAGCUGCUGGAGCUACUCAGUCUCUGCUCCCACUACCUCAUCCAGGAACUGAGCAGCGUGAACUACCUGGAGCUGUACCGCGUGGCUGACCUGUUCCACCUCCCGGCCCUGGAGGAGGCCGUGGUGGGCUUCCUGGUGGAGCAUCUGUCCGAGCUGAGACACAGCCGGCAGGACGAGGCCCUGCAGCUGCCCUACCGCCUCCUCAGGGAGGUGCUGAAGAGCGACCGCCUCACCUCCCUGAGCGAGGAGGAGAUCUGGAAGCUGGUCGUUCUGUGGCUGGACCACGACUGCCGACACCAGUACGCCGACGAUCUGCUCCAACACGUCCGCUACGGCCUGAUGGACGUCCCCACGCUGCACCACCUCGCCCGCAGCCACUCCCUGGUCCAGUCCAGCCCGACUGCCGCCGCCCUGGUGGAGGAGGCCCUGGACUACCACCACGCCACCUUCGCCCAGCCCCUCCGCCAGUCGGCCCGCACCAGGCCUCGCUUCCAGUCCCUCACCCUCUACAUCGCCGGCGGGCGCAAGCGGGAGGUGAGCAGGGUCAAGGAGCUGCGCUACUUCAACCCGGCCGCGCAGGAGCACGUGCGCGUCGCCGGCGGCUCCAACUGGAGCGAGCUGGCGCCCAUGCCCACCGGGCGCAGCCACCACUGCGUGGCCGUGAUGGGCAACUUCCUGUUCGUGGUAGGCGGGGAGGUGGAGCACGCCACCGGGAGGACCUGCGCCGUGAGGACCGCCUGCCGAUACGACUCCAGGGGGAACUGCUGGACCGACAUCGCCCCCAUGAAGGCCUGCAGGGAACACUUUGUGCUGGGCGUGCUGGGCCAGUUCCUGUACGCAGUGGGGGGCCGCAACGAGCUGAGGCAGGUGCUGCCCUCGGUGGAGCGCUACUGCCCCAAGAGGAACAAGUGGAUGUUUGUGCAAGCCUUCGACCGCUCGCUGUCCUGCCACGCCGGCUGCGUGGCCGACAGCCUGCUCUGGGUGUCAGGCGGGGUGACAAACACGGCUCAGUACCAGAACCGACUGAUGGUGUACGACCCAGAACAGGACCAGUGGCUGGCCCGCAGUCCCAUGCUGCAGAGGCGGGUGUACCACGUCAUGGCGGCGGUGAGGAGGCAGCUCUACGUGCUGGGCGGCAACGACCUGGACUACAACAACGACCGCAUCCUGGUCCGCCACAUCGACUCCUACAGCAUGGACCUGGACCAGUGGACGCGCUGCUCCUUCAGCCUCCUCACGGGCCAGAAUGAGUCUGGAGUGGCCGUCCACGAUGACAGGAUCUACGUGGUUGGAGGAUACUCCAUUUGGACCAACGAGCCUCUGGCAUGCAUUCAAGUGCUGGACCUGAGCACAGAGGGGAAGGAGGAGGUUUUCUACGGGCCGACGUUGCCAUUCGCCUCCACGGGAUAGCGACUUGCUUCCUCCCGGCUCCUUUCUUCACCUGCCCCAACCUGCAGACCCUACAAGUACCACAUCACAGGAUCGGUGCAGUUUAAACCCCCAUACAACCCCCCCCCCCCCCCCCAAAAGAAAAACUAUAUAAACACUAAGUAUGUGCGAACACGGCCGACAAAGACGUACCUGCUGUGGCGUCACAGGAGGGUACACAGACUUCGCCGAGACCUCAGAUGUCAUUCAUUUCAUACGUUGAGACUCAAGAGACAAGGUGUUUCUGCAGGCUUCUAGCAAUCUAAAAGCAUAAAAAAAAUAACAAGCAGAUGCCACAAUAAUACAGCGUACCUGUUGUAUUUACCCAAAGACUGACCCCAACUCCAAAGGGAUCCAUUCCCUGAGAAGACGGGAACAAAACAAGUGACUUGUGGGAAGCGAACUUUCCUGAAUUGCUCAAAUGUCCACAGGAGUUCCAACAAACUGUCCUCUUUCUAACCCGUUAUAAGGGUUGAAGAGAUUGUCUUUUUUAUUGUCUAAAAUCACUGUCGACCGCGUCGGUGGUCUUUUUCCACAUAUGGAGAAGCGUUUCCUCAUCGACUCGCAUGCAUUUAGAAACGGCAGGCUGUGUUGUAUCAAAAGCUUGAAGCACAUUAACAACCAUGUCAUUUUUCUUAACCCUUUAAAUAAGGUUAAAAAAAACAGUUUAGGUUCAAAUUUAUGUCUAUCGUCAUCCAGAGAAUGUCUUAAAAAAGGGUUUAUACGAUGUUAAAACACAAAGCAAGAAAACAUCCCACUGCACAGAAGAAUCUAUGGCUCAUUUUCAGACUUAAAAAGCCGCAUGUACGUGCAUGUGGAUGCAUUCGAUGGGGGCUGUUCACAGCUCUGAGGGGAACGAGGUGAAUUACCCAGCAGACCGACCACUAAUCCAAAGCCUCACUCCUGCUGCCUCUCUCUGAUGUCGGCGGGCGGAGAGGAACGCGGUGCAGCGGAGCGCCGCCCUGAUGAAGGGAUAGCGCACAUCCACCUUUUGACGAGGCUGCAGAGAUGACGCGCAGCGACAGAUAACGGGACCUCGCUGAUUGUGGGAGACAGGAGGGAGACUGAAGCCGCGUCGUGAGACAUCGCCGCGACUUAGCAGGAGGAUGGAGAAUGGGAACAAACAGUACUGCUCUCGUGUUUCCUCCCUGGUUCUUUUCUCUCAUUAGAUACGUGAGCCAACCGGGUAGAGAGAGCGAUCCGCCACAUGAUGGUACGAGCACGGAUAAUCUGCGCUGACACUCACUUUUCUCACUACGCAGCUGAAAUAAAAAAUAAAUAAAUGGGAGAGACCUUUA